AUGACUGUCUAUCUGCUUUCGAAGAUUGGUGAUCCGAUAUUCGCACUCACAAUGGGUGUCGCUGCCGCCAUCACUCGCAUUCGUCGCGACCAACAAGAGAAGAACCCAGAGAAGGCAUCCGAGAUUGGAUACGGCACCAUUGCACAGCUGGGUCAGCGACGGUUACAACGGUGGUGGAAUGGAGAUUUUCAAGACUUAUGA